GUGCCUUUAUCCCCUGCCUUUGCCCUCAUCCAAUCGUGGGGCAACAGACAAGAUUCGAUGUGCUCACCUCGUCUUUUGCGAGAGAGAAAUGCUCUCUUUCUCUUCCCAAAUACUCCGUAUCUUCUUUUUUUUAGAAAAAUCUUCCCAAAAAUUUCUUAGUUAAUAACUUUACCCAAAAAAUAUCUUCUUAGUUUCUCAUCACCGACAGAAAAAACCAGAGAGUGUCACCCAAUAAUCAUCAGUACUCUCGUUAAUCUUGCGAUGGAGGAUGUGAUUGGUCUUCUCAGGAUUCGAGUCCGCAGAGGCAUCAAUCUCGUCGCUCGUGAUACCCGUACCAGUGAUUCUUACGUCGUCAUCACCAGGGCUCAACAGAAAGUAAAGACUGACGUCGUAAAGAAUACUUGCAAUCCCAAGUGGAAUGAUGAGUUAACUCUUUCUAUUACGGAUGCUAAUAUUCCAAUCCUCCUUAGAGUGUAUGAUAAAGAUACAUUCACUAGUGAUGACAAAAUGGGGGAUGUGGAGAUAGACAUCAAACCAUAUCUGGAGUGCAUGAAGAUGGAGUUGCAAAAUCUCCCAACUGGUACUGUUGUUGAUAGAGUUCAACCAAACAGUGAAAACUGCCUAGGUGAUGAAAGCUGCAUAACCUGGAACAAUGGCAAACUGGUCCAAGACAUGUCUCUCAGACUAAGGAAUGUGGAACAUGGGGAAGUGGAAAUCCAAAUUGAGUGGAUUGCUCUUCCUGGUAGCAAAGGUUCUAGAAAUGGUAGCAAAGGUUCUAGAAAUGAGGCGACGGAGUCCCUCACAAGACCACCGCCGUGAAUGUGGAGAAACUCGAAAAUGAAGAACCAAUGGGGCUAUAAUUUACGAAUAGAUUAGACGGCCCUUCCCUUUUGAGCGUAUUUUGUAAAAGCCCGCUGUAUUAAAUGUUUUAAUUUUAAGAAUAAUAUUCUGAAAAUGUAUGAGGGGGUAACAUAAUUUCCUAAUCGUAAUGUAAUUCGUUAUGGUACUUGAACUCCUUAAAUUAAAUGAAAGGCUGCUGAUAAUGCCAAAACCAAAAGUGUCGCUGCCAAAA